AUGGAGUCAAGUUCGGUUUCUACAGCCAAUGAGCCCAAGGUCUCGCAUAAGGGAUUGCAAGACCAUUAUCUCGAGCUCACCCCAGAUGGAAAUGCUGCGGCUGCAGCAUCAGAGGCAAAGCAUGAAUACCGUCUUAAUCAAACUCUCGCAACCUUCUGUUUCGUGACAACGUAUGUAAACUGGUAG